UCAAAUUAUACACUCAAACGGGCACGAAAGGAGUCGUCCCGUCUUUCUGUUUCUUUUUUUUUUCCUUCUCUUCCCGAAUCUUCGAUCCUCUGUUGUUUGCUUAAAAUAAACUCACGGGAGACUCGUCCUAUUUUUUGAUACCAAAUUCAAGUGCAAGUCGACCCGAAAGCAAACAAAGAGAAUUUCUCUUUACCUUGACACUUGAUAUAUUUUGUGGUUGUCGUCUUUGGUUGGAGGGGUUUUUUUUUUCUCCCUCUUUGCCUCUUUGUUUAAAAACGUUGAGUUAGGAAGGAUCAUCUUUCGACAAAUCUUCUACCCCGCGUCAAACAUUCAACAACACCAGCACCAAAAAGACAGCCACCGGAAUCAUUUUACUAGGCGCGCAACGCAUAAAAGCAAACAUGGCGGCCCCAUCAAGCAAGACUUUGAAGGAUCUAAGCGGGAAGUGGCUUAUGAACAAAACCCUCUCGGACAGCCCGGACCCGGGACUGGCGCUGCAGGGCAUCGGUUGGUUCGUGCGCAAGGGCAUCGGCAUGUCGACGGUGACGCUGUACGUCAAGAUGUACGAGGGACCACCCAACCCGCCCUCGACGUCGACGGACCCCGUCGUGCACAUCGACAUUGUGCAGACGGCGACGGGUGGCGUCAAGGGCACGACCGAGAUCCGGUGCAUCGACGGCGUGGCCCGCGAGCACACCGACUGGGUGUUUGGCACCGUCCGCGGCCGCACCACGUGGAUCUCGACUGCCGACAUUGACGACGAGCACCUGCGCAGCAACUGGCUCGAGGGCGAUGAGGAGAAGGCAGGCCCCAACGGCGAGACCCACAUCAAGAGCCUGGCCGAGAGCGUCGGCAACGGUUGGACCGCCACCCAGAUCUGGGGCUUCCAGAUGAUCAACGGCGAGAGGCGGUAUGCGAGGAACGUCGUCAUCUCAAAGGGUAAAGACAAGGUCGAGUUUAGGCUCGUCUACGACUAUCUCGGCGAGGAGACGGAACCGUAGAUUGAUGGGAGAUUUCUUUUUUUUAGAAGGCAAAAUGCCUUUGUUUUGGGAGGAUAGGCGGUUCGCUGUUUGAUUGUUAGUUGUCAUUUGCGUCUGCUCAACCAACCGGAUGGAACUGCUUUCCAAAGAAUGUAAAUAUGUAAAUAUCGCCGCGGUGGCAGCUUUUUUUUUUUUUUUUUUUUCUCUCUCUU